UGGCAGGCAGUGGGCUGUGAUCGGCAGCUUGGGAGCAAUGCCAAGGAAGACAACUGUGGAGUUUGUGCUGGAGAUGCUUCCACAUGCAGGCUGGUGAGGGGGCAGUCUAAGUCUCAUGUUUCCCCUGAAAAAAGAGAAGAAACUAUAAUUGCAGUACCGCAUGGAAGCCGCAGCGUGAGAAUCACAGUGAAGGGACCAGCGCACGUCUUUAUUGAAUCAAAGACCCUGCAAGGUGACAGUGGAGAACACAACUUCAUAUCUGCUGGGACCUAUAUUAUAGAAAAUACAACGGUUGAAUUUCAGAAGGGUUCAGAGAGGGAAAUAUUAAAAAUCCCCGGCCCUCUGAGAGCAGAUUUCAUAAUUAAGAUAAGGUAUGUUGCUCCUAAGGACAGUGUGGUACAGUUUUUUUUCUACCAGCCUAUUAGUCACCAGUGGAGACAGACAGACUUCUUUCCGUGUACAGUAACCUGUGGAGGAGGGUAUCAGUUGAAUUCUGCUGAAUGUGUGGAUAUUCGGUUAAAUCGGACCGUUCCUGACCAUUACUGUCAUUAUUAUCCUGAAAACAAGAAGCCGAAACCGAAGCUGAAGGAGUGUAACAUGGAUGCCUGCCCUUCUAGUGAUGGGUUUAAGGAGAUAAUGCCCUAUGACCAUUUCCAGCCUCUCCCACGGUGGGAGCACAAUCCAUGGACGGCAUGCUCAGUAUCGUGUGGAGGAGGAAUUCAAAGGCGAAGCAUAGUGUGUGUGGAGGAAACCAUGCAUGGAGAGAUAUUGCAGGUGGAUGAAUGGAAAUGCAUGUACGCUCCCAAGCCCACUGUCAUGCAGACUUGUAAUCUCUUUGACUGCCCUAAAUGGAUGGCUAUGGAGUGGUCACAGUGCACCGUGACAUGUGGCCGUGGCCUGCGCUACAGAGUGGUACUGUGUAAUGACCAUCGAGGGCAGCAUACUGGUGGGUGCAAUCCCCAGCUCAAGCCGCACAUAAAAGAGGAGUGUGUUGUACCAGUACCGUGUUAUAAACCAAGAGAAAAAUUCCCAGUAGAAGCUAAACUUCCGUGGCUCAAACAAGCUCAGGAACUGGAUGAGCCCAGAACAGCUUCAGAUCAACCUACGUUUAUUCCAGGUGCAUGGUCAUCCUGCAGUGUCACCUGUGGCCAUGGAAAACAAGUGAGGGAGGUAAAAUGUCGUAUUCUGCUUGCAUUCACUCAAGCCGAGCUGGAAUUGCCUGAUGAAGAAUGUGAAGAGGAUAAACCGGGCACAGAAAGAACAUGCCAUCUACAACCGUGUGGGGCCGACCAUGUGACUCACACAGCAGAACCUUCAGUGCAUGGUGGGGAAGCCAAUGGAAUUUAUGACUGGGAAUAUAUAGGGUUUACAGCCUGCUCCAGCUCAUGUUCAGGAGGAAUACAAGAAGCGAUAGCAGUGUGUCUACACGUACAGACAAAGCAACCAGUGAAUAACACUCUCUGCGAUAGCUCCAUGCGCCCUCCUGCAAUGACCAGAGCCUGCAACACCAAACUUUGUCCUCCAAGGUGGCAAACAAGUGCUUGGAGCCGUUGCUCUGCUACCUGUGGAGUUGGGAUACAGACAAGAGAUGUGUAUUGCUCAAGCAUAGCAGAGCCCAGUAAUCAUUCUGAUCAAGAGUGUACCCACAAAAAGCCAGCUGAAUUGCAGGCAUGCAACCAAGUAGACUGCCCUGCAGCCUGGCAUACAGAAGAGUGGCAGCAGUGUUCACGGACAUGUGGAGGAGGUGCGCAAAACCGCAAAGUGACCUGUAAACAGCUGUUGGCAGAUGGGAGCUUUAUGAAACGUUCAGAUGAACUCUGCCAGACUCACAAGCCAGUUAGUCAUAAGCUUUGUGGGAGAGUGGAUUGUCCUCCACAAUUAACUAUAGGAGAGUGGUCCAAGUGCUCUGUAAGGUGCGGGGUUGGAAUUCAGCGGCGCAAACUGGCCUGUAAUAAGAUGACAGCCAAAGGUCAGCAAAUCCUUGUUAAUGGAUCUCUGUGUUAUGGACUCGCCAUGCCAGCACUUGUAAGAUCAUGCCAUAUGGGCACUUGCCAUAGAAAUAAACAGCAUUCGUCAAGCAAUGAAGCAAGCAAUGGAAUGCCUGAAAUCCUCAGUAUCCACAGGGUCUACAUUCAGACCAGACAAGAAAAGCGCAUUAAUUUUACUAUUGGGAGCAGAGCUUACUUGCUCCCCAAAACAUCCAUUGUUAUUAAGUGCCCUGUUCGACGAUUUCAGAAAUCACAGUUAAAGUGGGAAAAAGAUGGGCAGCCGCUUAAACAUUCUAAAAAACUUGGUGUAACAAAAUCAGGAUCGUUAAAGAUACAUAAUUUGGAGGCACAGGAUAUUGGAGUGUACAAGUGCAUGGCAGACUCUGCAUCUGAAACGUUUGUUCUCAAGCUUAUUGGCACCGAUAACAGACUUCUAGAGCCUCCUAGUUUUGAAAUAGAUCAUAAUGAGGCAAACAGUUUAGGAGCAAAAUGGCAUAAAAUGAGUAAUAUGUGGAAGUCAUGGAACAAAAAGAAUAAUUUAUAUCUGGAGGACAGUCAAGGCCAAGAUGAUCUGGUGUUAAGAAACCUUGAAACCCUUGUUACAAACUCAGCAGAAAUAUAUGGAUCUCAAGAGUUUAAAGAUAAGAGACUGGAAGCGGCGGUUCUACAGGGAGCUUAUAGUAUGGACACUGUCCAGUUUGAGGCUCUAGUAAGAAACAUGAGUGAACUUAUUGAGGCUGGAGAGAUAAGUGAUGACUUUGCUACACAAAUUAUAUCACAUGUGGUAAAUGAGCUAACCAAACCAUCCUCUGAAAAAUGGAAGGGAGCUAUUGAAGAUAACGUAUCAGACCCCAAAUUUAUUGCAAAGGCGCCAAACCCAUCAGUACAUUCUAACAGCAAAAUCAUUGAAAAGGAAGCAGUCAAAGAACAUUUACUUAUUAACCGCAGGCACAAGCAUGGCUAUGUAUUGUCUUCUAACAAGACUUUGCAUUUAGGCAUUGGAAGUACUGCCUUUAUCACUAACAGCACACAACUGGUUAUCAUUCAUUGUGAAGUUGAUGGGGGCAAAAAGACAAAGUUUUUUUGGACUAAAGACGAAGAUGUUUUGAAGUUUUCCAACAAGAUUUUCCUGGAAAACAGUGGAAACUUACAAAUUCGCAAUCCAACUUUUGAAGAUAUGGGGUCAUAUGAAUGUUCAGCUACCAACGAUCUUGGCUCUGAUAUGGAAGUCUCAUAUUUGCUUUAUGCAGAAGCACCUGUCAUCCAAUCCUCCAGAAGGAAUAUCACCAGCCUGGAUAUGAGCAACGUGUAUGCAGUUGUGGGUGAUACAGUUGUGAUAAGAACUGGAGUAAAUUUGAUCCUGGACUGUCCUGGAAAAGGUUCUCCUCGACCCAAACUAUCGUGGCUGAAGAAAGAAUUCUCCAUGGCAAACAAUUCUUUUCUGCUUUCAAAUGGUUCUUUGCUACUCACAAAUGUGUCUGCAGAAAACGAAGGAACGUACAUUUGCACAGCAACAAACCCACUUGGAAAAACAGUAGCAAUGUCAGUUCUUCAUCUCUCUGAAAGUAAUCAAGAGUCUCAUGAUGAACAAUCCAAAGUUAAGGCCAAAAGACGAGUUCUGAUGGCAUCAGCAGGUGGCAGUACUAUAGUGGUCAGACCUGGAGACCUCUUGCGUAUAGGCUGUCCAGUGCAAACCAACCACCGGAAUACUAUUCACUGGUUUCUAAAAAAACAGCCUAUUGAAAAUAUAAAGGGCUUUAAAUAUAGAGCUCUUGUUUCAGGCCGAGUGUUAGAGAUAAAUAAUCUAUCAGAGCAAUUUACUGGAGAAUACAGAUGUUGGACUUCAAAUCAUUCUAGAACAAUGUCUGCCUGGUUGAACAUCACUCUAGAAGGGUACAAAUUAGAAUAUGGUGAAUGGACAAAUUGUUCUGCAAUGUGUGGAAAUACUGGAACCCAGAUCAGAACACAACACUGUAUGAACACUGAGGGACAACGAGUACACAACUCAUUAUGUCACUAUCUACAGCCACUAACUGCCACUGUGCAAACAUGCAAUAUGCAGGACUGUCCAGCAAGGUGGGUGACAGGUCCCUGGUCUGAAUGUCCAUCCUUUUGUGGCAAAACAUUUCAACAGCGUCAAGUAAAUUGCCAACAAAUUAAGUCAGAUGGAAGUGUGCAAGUGUUGCCUUUAAAUUCAUGUGGACCUACUGACCGUCCAGCUUCACAGAAACCAUGUUCCACUGAUGCUUGUGCAGAGUGGGCUCCUCAGCCUUGGGGACAGUGCUUUAACCGAUGCAUUGGUCAAGGAAUGGGAUUCCAAUGCCGACACGUACUGUGCCAGUAUCGUAAUGGUACAGCAGUGCCAGACACCCUCUGUGACAAGAGAAAGAGGUCAGCUGCCAGGAGAGACUGUUCUUCAGAGAUGUGUGAUGUGUCUUGGCGAAUAGGUCCAUGGAGACCAUGCACUGCAGCUUGUGGAAAUGGUUUUCAGUCUCGCAAGGUAGACUGUGUGCAUAACGUCCAUGGAAAAAUUGUGGCCAACCAAUACUGUGUUUGGAAACGGAGACCAACUACCUGGCAGCACUGCAACGUUACAGCCUGUGGAAAAGGAGAAUGCAAGGACACAACUCACUACUGUUCAUUUGUAAAACAGCUUAAGUUGUGCUUAAUAGACCUCUACAGACAGAGGUGUUGUGAAUCAUGUACAGGAACAUAACUCUUCUCUCCAUGCUCUGCGGUAAACUGAAGAGAUAAAAAGGAUCCUUUCCUAUUGUAUAAAACCUGUACAGUUAGGGAUUUGAAUACUUUGUUGUCUAUUCAACAGAUGUGCUACCAUCAAUUCACAUUACUAGGUGAAGAUAUUGUCAUUUUUGUUUGCUUUGUAUCCAGAAAACAUAAAGCUUUACUGAGAUUCCUUUAUUCUAUCAAACUCAUUUUUUUCAUUAACAUUUAGUGAAUAAAAAAGGCUAUAAGGCUGAAGGUGUUUGGUAAAUAACAAUUAUAAAUAUAAUCUCUGGUCACAUUGUCAGCACAUAUUUUAAAAAGAGAUAGUAAAUCUGAUUUAUAUAGAAUAAAUAAACAGAAUGCCCUUGGUUAUGGUUUAUAAAGUGCAGUAGAAUCUGAUUGCAAACAUUUCUGUUUGCUGUAUUAAAACUAUGAAACCAAAUUUAAACCCAUUAUUUAAUGUAAGCAAGCGCUUUAUCUAAUCCAAUGUUUGAUGUUUCCUAAUGGUAUUCAUUGCACAAUUGAUUUCUUGUUUAUUAGUCUAUUUUAAUAUGCCUCUAAGCACAGAUGUACAGUCAUAAUUUACUACUUGUAAAACACAUACAUACAGUAUCUUCAAAAACAUAUUCUCAAAAUACCAGGUAGAAUAUGAUAUUAAAAUACCUUUUAAAUCAUAAUUUAAUAGAAAUAAAUAUCUAGCAUACAGGGACAAAUUUAGACUUAUAAACAUUGAUUUCAAUUUGGAUGGAAUUAUUAAUAAAUUAUUUAAUUUGAUUGAGAAAAUUAUAUCCUUAAAUAUUUUUAGCCAUCUGAUGAAACUACUGUUACAAAUAUUAAAACAGAUUUUGUGAAGUCUAAUCUCAAGUAACUCAAGAAUGUGUUACAUUCUAUAAUGGCCCUGAAUAUAACACACAGUUAGCAUUGAAGAAUUGACUAAUAAAUAUAGGUUCCUGUUACAGUAUGGAUUAAUGGCAGAAAAUAUAUGCUCGCAAUAUUUCCAGGGCUGUACUUUCUAAUUCUCCUUCAAACUUUGUUUUUAAGGCAAAUACAUUAUUUAAUGUAAAGGUACAUAGUUAUCUAAUAAUUAGUAUUACUAUUUAAUAAGUAAUCUAUCUUUACAAUAAUUUUCCAAUGACAUCCAAUGUCAUUCACUCUACAUCAUUGUUUUUCAUUUCUAUUAGAAACAAAUGGUAACUGUAUUGAUCAAGUGGUGCUGGGCUGGCAGUUACAGUAUUAUUUCCAGAGCUUUAGCAGUUUUUGCUUAGAUGAGAUGGGCUUCUUUAACCCCACUCCAAAUCCUCAUUUGAGAUAUAGGAGUUUAAUAUUAUCAGUGUUGAUACAGUGCAGUUUGGAACUCAUGCAAGUGCUACUCCAUGAUCAAAGUAGAUGUUUGGUAACCGUCAGCUAAAGCCAUUCUAUAACGUGAAGACCUGUAUACAAAAUAGCUGUUUUAUAAGAAUUUAAAACUCUCAUUUUGUUUUAUUUAAAGGGACAUUAAACACUAAAUACAUUUUAUAAGCAUAGUAUUAAGGUUAUUCUCCGCCUCCCUCUAGUCCUGGGUGCAGUCAUGUUGAGAUUUAGGGGCCGAUCUAUCAAGCUCCGUAUGACCGCUGCUCCAUAAAAAGACCACUGCUCCAUAACUUGUCCGACACCCCCUGUUAGAGGCUGAUUGGCCGCAAAUCUGCAGGGGACGGCAUUGCACCAGCUGUUCACAAGAACUGCUGGUGCAAUGAUAAAUGCAGACAGUAUAUGCUGUCAGCAUUUAUCGAUGUGCAGCGGACUUGAUACGCUACAUAGUAUCAUGUCUGCUCGCACUAUGAUGAAUAUACCCCAUAGCCUUCACUACAUUCCGGUGCUAACCUGUUUGAAUAUGUGCAGCAACUCGCGCUUAGAUACCUGUAGUGUAACCUAGGUCCCAUAAUGGUAGCAGACAUGAUUAGAGGGUGGUGCAUAAAAUGUAUUUAGUGUUUAAGGUCCCUUAAAUGUGGCCAGUUAGGGUCAGAUGUAAAUAAGCUCUUGCACUGCUCUAAGGAUUUUGCAGGGUCAGGAAAACUUUAGCUGCAAUAUGCACUAAAAUCUCUCGAGGAGAGCAGAAAACGCACAAUUUGUAGCAGUAAACUACCAGGCAGAAUAAGCAUUGAAUAUACAUUGCAUUAUUUUCUUUACAGUGCAUAAUUAAACAUAUCAUGAUGCAUUUAAUUUUGAAUUUAAAAUACCCUUAAUAUUACUUUCCAUUCUAUUACAGAGAUUCUAGAUUAGAGUCAUAAUUUGCACCACAUAUUUAAGUUAUACAAUAAUGCAUUUAAGGUUGGUAUACAAAGUUAGGAUAUUUAACUUCUUAAAAGCUGCCCAUCCACUGAAAAAUGUAUAUAAAUGAGAAGAAUACAUCCGACCAAUCAACACUGCUGAUGAUGAAGCAUACUAUGUCAUUAAAGGUACUUAAAACCCAAAACAUUUUCUUUUAUGAUUCAGAUAGAGAAAACAACUUUGUAAUUUACUUCUAUUAUCUAAUCUGUUUUAUUCUCUUGGUAUCAUUUGUUAAAGGAGCAGCAAUGCUCUACUGGUUUCUAACUGAACACAUGGGUGAGCCAAUGGCAAUCAGUUUAUAUAUGCAGCCACCAAUCAAGAGCUAGAACCUAGGUUCUCUGCUGCACAUGAACUUGCCUAGAUAAACAUUUCAGCAAAGGAUAACAAGAGAAAGAAGCAAAUUAAAUAAUAGAAGUAAAUUGGAAAGUUGUUUGAAAUUGUAUUCUCUAUCUGAAUCAUGAAAGAAAAAAAUUUGGGUUUCAUGUCCCUUUAACUUAAAUUUCAGGGUACCAGAUUUCUGACCCAAAUUCGGGACACCUUAUAAAUGUAUAGGAAAUGGUGAAAAAAAAACUAUAUAUUGAUUUAUUACUAGCUGUGAGCAGAAAAGACCUUGAGAUAACCCAAAAUGAGCUUUACUUAUUUACUGCAAGAUGGUCCAACAAUGAACAUUACUUGUUUAGUGCGAGUUGGCCCAUAAACAAGCACUUCUUAUUUAGCGUGAGAAAUGACACCUCAGAAGGAAUAGUGAUUUUCUAGCUAAAUAAGUAGCGCACAUUUUGGUCCUUCUCACAAUAAGUAAGUAGCGCUUAUUUUGGAUCAUCUCCUGCUAAAAGAGUACGGAACACUGAACUGCAAAAAAUCUGGACAUCAAGUUACCUUAUAAAAUUACUAUGAUGGGUUUGUAGGUACAAUUUCAGCAGAAAUACAAAUUGGAACAUAAACUGAAAUCACUUUUUGUACAGCUAUAAUUUAACAUGUUUAGAACAUAUAACUUCUUUAAUCAUCAUGUCAACGCACAAUACUCUAUAGGCAUUGGUCAGCAGGUAAAAUAGACUGUUGAUUAUCUUAUUGCAGGCUAAUAUUGCAGGCUAAUUGACUGACAGACAUUUUUAGACAUUCACUGAGCACAUAUACCCAAUAGACUCCUACAACUGCUCUUGAGCAGUGAAGUUAUUUACUUCACAAAUACUUGUUUGAGGAAACAACCUGCCUUUUAGUCACUGAAUGUUAGAAGAGAACUACUGCAUUCAAAUAUUCCACAUUAGUCUUUCUAAUCCUUAUGUCUCGAUUGUUAUUAGAGAUUUAUAAAUUAAGAGAUAAAGUUUGUAAAAUACUCGUGUACAUAUUUAUGGUCUGAUUUAAGUGCAAUAUUGUGUUCUGUACAGUGUGUAAUAAAGAUUUUGGGACAUAUAUUUUCUUAUUACCAAUAUAUUUCAUUUGUUCUUUGUAUUUAAAGUUAAAAUUUGACAACGUAUAGCAUUUUUUGCUAUGACAAAUGUGUCUUUAAGUAUGCAUGCAAUAUGGAAGCACAGUUGCUAUAAUUUAAUACUGUUAAUCUGACAUUCCUUCAAAGCUUAUUAUUCUUGUUAUAAGCAAUAAUCAAAAUGUUUUUGAUCUUUCAUGAACAGAGUUGCAGUAUUUUGGCAAUAAAAUAUACUUGAGUUAUUAAAA